GUUUGCACUGUGCUCCAGGUCCCUUAUUUGCCAUCCAGCAAAGAUCAGACACUGAACAUUAUGAAGCUGCUUGAGGGACGAACGGGUCGCUUUGCAGAUCCUGGAUAAUAUUUGUAUUAUGCUGGAGUUUUAAUAUGAUUUUUUUAAUGCUUGCUGUUGAUCUCAGGCUACACAAAGCUGUUUAGUUCCUAGGUGUUUGCAGCCUCUUCUGCCAGCUUCCACUGCACAGGCUUUGAGAUAGACUCAUUAGUGGCGUAUGCCAGGAGCAAGGCCCGCUGGACCGAAGUGCCCCCCCGGCGAGCAGCCUUUGUUAACAAAGACUUCUGGAAGACUGAUUUGUUUGUGACAGCUUUCCUUGCUCCAGGAGUGGAUCUGCGGGAGAAGCUGUUGAAAGAGCUUGCGGAUGACGGGCGUGUCAUCGCUUGUCGUUUUCCUUUCCCCAACUGGCCUCAUCGAUCGUCUGUCGGCUCCGGUCUCGAUGAAACUUUUUCUUAUGACAUGGACACAGUGAGCUCACACCUGAGAAACGUACCAGAUACACCGGUGUGAUUAGUCACAGUCUCUGGGUCUCACAAGCAACACAUCCUCCAGACACAUUUUACCAGAUUACAAAAUGUGAUGUUCAAAGGAAAACCACUGUGAGUUUUGGGAAAAUUGCUGAUUCAAGUAGUUUGCGCACACUGAUCAGCAUUGAUUCUUUUCUGUCGCCUGAACAUAACAAGAAUGAAAGGGACUCUGAUUAGACAAGAAGAAGAAGGGAUUUCUGCAGCACUUAUCCCACAGUGUUUGUUCAGCCUCGCCACUUAUAGAGAAAAUGUAGUACACCAUAUUUCUGGUGGCUGCAUAAGAAGUCUUCCACCAAAAUUAAUUUCCACAUUAACACUGAUAAGCCUUCUUGAUGGCUUGCUACAGGGAGGAUUUUGAGUUUAGAGCUGUUGUUUGUUCUUUUAAUAGUUUUCUUUUGAUUUGUUGGUUUGGAUUUAGAAUGCAUGGCAGCAUUAUAAAAACCACUGCAGCGCAUUGCUGUUCUAAAAUCAUACUGUGGGUCUCAGCUUUUGUGUUAGGGGCCACCACCUCACAGGCAGGUUACUGGAGUCAUCUGCUUCCCCUGACCAUAGGGACUCAUAUCCUGUGACUCCGUAGAAUAUGCAAACCAGCCCGAUAAUCAUCUAGGCACAGAUGAACCCCUCUGUGAUGUUUUUACAGAUCUAUUAGUCUGUGUGUAGUGAGAACGAUAGUGCCACCUUUUGGCAACAGGAAGUAAGCCUAGUUUAACAUAUUUUAUUCGAUUUUCAUAAAAGUUUCACCGUGUGGUCUGCUCUUGAAGGCCUGGUUUAAUGCAUGAUUAGUGGGCGUGGUCAGGUGCUGCUUGACGGACACAGGAAGUGAAGCAUUUAUCAGCAAAUGUAUUGAAUGCUCAAAGGCCACGCUUAAAGUAUAGUAAUCCCAACAAUGUUAACUGGUUUUCUCUACUUUCUUGAGGAAUAGAAGCCUGAACAGUGUAAAAGUGAUAAACACAGAAAAUAUUAGUAGCAAAUGACGCAGAUGCAUUAUGCCCAUCUAUUAACUUUGUCCUCAAUAACUGUUCUUCUUCCUUACAUGAUAAUAUAUACAAGUUAAAAGUUAUUACAGAGCCAAGAUCAGAUUCGGCCUUGAUUUUGCUUUUGAUAAUGAUUUUGCUUUGGAAAGGGUAUGGCACUGCCAAAUUACAAAGAAAAAAAGCUUAAAGCUGAUUCCUGUAAGAACAGGAUAAACCCCGUCCACAGUCAUUAAAUCACCUUUUUCCUUGGUGGUGGAGAGACAACCUGCUACUCAACGUAGCUCAACUCAACCAAGCAUACAUAGGCCUUUUGUAAACGCACCACACCAUUGGUGCAAUCAGCCGUCAACAGCUUGAGGCAAGUGGCGACUAUGAGAGUCCUUUGAGGAGUCGUAAGGCACAGUUGUACAUGUGUAGAGCAACAAAGUCUGUGGUUGUAGAUAAUGCAAAAUAAAAAAAGCCAAUAUUACAUUAAAAACAAACAAAAAAGCCCAACAAUUAAAACAAAUGAUGUGCAAUUUAACAGGGAAGUAGUGAAGCAAUAAAGGGAAAAAGACUAGAACAUUUUUGUGAAAUUACCUUAAGAUCUGUGUUGCGCAAUUAACUUGUGUUUGAUUUAGCUUAUUAGGGUGUUAUUAGUGUUUGGUUCCAUUGUUAAACUGAUAAAGAUAUCUCCAUGGAUUGUGCAGCCAUGAUGGAGCAAAGUGCCACUGAAUCUGUGUCAUUGUGGCCCCUGCAGUAAACAGGAGGAUGAUACAAAUCCUUCUAUUACACAUGCCUGACUUAGCAAACUGACAUCUCUGCAACCUUUUCUCCUCAAACCACUGCUCACAGCCUCACAAGUCAGGCUCCUAUGUGCCAUACAAAUGUUUAUUUUUUUUUGGUGAACAUAAUGUCGAGGGCACAACAGGUCUGAUAUCCAAACGCUCCACCUGAGGGUGCUAGUGCUCCAAACUGAGCUUGGUCCGCAGACACCGGAUGAGAAGAACCUGAGCAGAAUUUGGAAAACAUGCAUCCUCUGCAUUGUGGGUAUUCCAUCGAGCAAAUGCACCAGAUCAACACAUCCUUUAAUACAAUCCUGCAACACAAAUUAAGAAGCUCAAUUCAAUUUACUGGGUUCCUGUAUGAAUAAA